AUGUCAGAUGCCGUGACUCCUAUUACGGUCAACUCUGACGACGAGAAUACUGUUCGAGAUCAGUAUUAUAUGUUUCUUGAACAUGGAGUACGAGUCUUCAGUUCAAAACACAAGGCCGACGGGGCUCAUAUAUUCAUCAUUGAUGAUAAGGCAGGUGUUCACUUAAGUCCAGUAAAGAAGUCGCUCGAAAAGAACACGAUCAGGAGCCCUAGCAGCAAUCAAGAUCGCACGGUCCCAGAUAUGUCGACUCCCACCACAUCAAUGGAGGAGAUUUCACUUCCGCGGUUCAUGCCAGAACAUGUCAGAAACAGAGGAUUCUAUGGCCGGAAAGACGUUCUGCGCCAGAUUGACCAAGUCUUCCUGCGGGACGAGGAGUCUCCGGACGGCGCAGCUACACCCUCCUCUCAUGCCGGAGACCCUCCCGAAGAGUUGAAAGCGUUUGUCAUAUGCGGCAUAGAAGGCUCGGGCAAGACUGAAAUUGCAAACGAGUACAUGCACUCGCGCAGGACCAGAUUCGAUGCGGUUUUCUGGGUCGACGGCGCGACUACGCAGACGCUCAACACGGGUUUUCACGAUAUGGCAGAUGAGCUUGGGCUGGAGGCAGACAACUCGCUUGAAGGUUCUGUCAUAACAAGAGAGAUUGUGAAGGAUUGGCUGUCGAACCCCCGUGGAAAAGUGGCAAAGGAGCCACAAAAGCGAGAUUCGGAUAUUACGUGGCUGCUUGUUUUCGACAACGCAGACGAUCCUGAUAUCAUUCACGACUUUUGGCCCACGGGCCGAGCUGGCUCGGUGCUUGUCACUAGAAGAUAUCCUUUUGCAAAAGAGGGAGCUUUCGGCAGAUUUGCAGGGUUGGAUCUGCCACCUCUGCCGGUGGAGGAAGCCGGUCGCUUUCUUCAAAUGCUGUCCCAAAGGGAGGAAGAGGAAGGAAGUCUGGAUACCUGCAGAAAAAUCGUUACGAAUUUAGGCUGUCUACCUGCUACUGUCGUGCUGAUUGGCUACGAAAUUCGUAGCACACAGCUCACGCUCAAAGAGAAUGAGGAAUAUUUUCGCGGACAUGCGAAAUACUUUCAUGAAGUCGUAGUGCCUGAUUUGACCGAACCUCGACCCGUAGCUGCGACCUCGAAUAUCGACAGCUUGUCGGACCCUGCUUACGCUCUUCUCCGUGUGCUCUCGGUUCUUGAUGCCGAUAAGGUACCCGAGGAGAUUCUCACCACUGGAGGACCCAUGCUCGAUCUCGAACAUUAUCCAAGGACCAAUAUCGACUAUGUGGAGGCUCGGGAAGAGUUGAUCGAGUCGUCGCGAAUAGUACACAACGUCAAACCUGCCUUCGUCAGGAUCCACCGCCGUGUUCAAUACGUUGUUGGAUGUAAGAUGUCCAUAGAGGAGCUACAGGCUGUUUAUGAUGCGGGUGUCACGCUUGUCACGAGCGUGUGGCCUUUUGCCAACAGCUCGAAUCUGAACCAAGUCGAUCGACUGCGCAAGGUUCAAAAGUAUCUGCCUCACCUGUAUCGUCUGCGUGGGUUGAUCGAGCAGCAGUACACGUUGGCAGCUCUGCAACCACACAUUGGGGUCAGCGCUCUGUUCAAUGAGGCUUCGUGGUACUUCAUCCUUCAACCCACCGGCUACGGUAUGCUAGAGGCACAGAGGUUCGCCAGACUGUCGCAACAAGUCCUAGAUAGAAGUACUAGAGAGCCCAAGGAUGAAAAGCUUUCAAGCAAGCUCUUAGCCGAUAGUUACCGCUAUCAGGGCAUCUCCGGCAUACACAGAGACGAUCCCUCCGCAAUCUCAAACUGCACAAAGUGGUUAGAGAUUCUAGUAGAUCGUAUUGCCAAAUACGGCCUUGAAGAAGACAAGAGAACGCUGCCUAUCGCCUACAAUGAGAUCGGGAUGGCUCUUAUGCGCAUACCCGAUGAGGCUGAAGCGGUCAAGUCUUGGACCAUGUCCUGCGAUGCUCUGGUGGCGAAUACUCCGCCAGAUGCACUGGUGUUUCCCUUCCCUUGGGUACACAGGGGUAUAGUCGCCGCUCAAGCCGGAGACGCAGAUGCGGCAGAAGCGCUGGUCGCUCCUAUCCUUGCGGCGCGGGAAGAGAAAUUAGGGAUCGAUGAUACAACCUCCAUCGAGACCGGUGUCAUUCUUGUCUUCAUGGGCAACAUUAGACUCAUCCAAGGACGAAAAGCGGAGGCUUACGAGUACCACAAGAGAGCUGUUUCCAUACUUGAGGUCACAUGUGGGGAAAAUUCAGUGCAAGCCUCUCUGGGAUACUAUCGGUUGGCAGUCGACCAAUUUGACCGUGGAGAGUUCGAAGCAGCCGCUGACAACCUCAAAAAGAAGAUCAUCGUCUAUGGCGAUAGCCCAUGGUUCGAACCCCAGAGAGCACGCUUGGCGUGGAAGCGUGGACGAGCCCUCCUCGCUCUAGGGAGAGACAACGACAAAGAGGAAGCAGACUAUCUGUUGGAGAAGGCCAUGGAAAUGAGAAGAGAACUGGCACCGGGAGACGAUCGGGACGAGCAGGAGCUCGUGGAUGAGGAUUGGGAUCGCCUUGUCUACUACUUCUGGCGGUGAAACAGGUGACUCCCGUCAUGCGCAGGACUGGUCUCAAGGGAAGAGGAGCUCGCUGUUUGACUGUAGCACACUUGAUCUGGAAAACCAUAACUCUUUACGAGAUCUAGCUAUGAAUUUGUUGCGUGGGGCAUGGUCAGGAUGUUGAUCCUUGGUACUAAUGCGCUUCAAAAUGGCCUUGUUCUUGCCGUUGUGCAUUGUUGUACAGACCGAUGUUACACAUAUCACAAUUUACUCAAGGCUACGAACUUCCAAUAUCGGAACACAAAUGACGUACCUGCUAGCAAGUAGAUUGUACAUGGAAAACAGCUUCCGGU